AUGUCUCUCCUGACUUCGGAUGCAAUUAUCGCAAAGACAAUGCUAGAAAACCAUGCCAAGACUCGCGAUAUUCAGAAAGCUACAAGAGAUAAGGUCACUGGAAUGAGAAAGAUGAGAAUUAGUGAUAUCAACAACCUGAAGGGUGUCAGCAACCUUGGUGGAGAAAGAUUGAAGAGCUUUCCUGUUGCAUUUGCGUGGGUUUCUGAUGAGACAGAGACAAUCUAUGUCUGGUUCUCCAAGGCAUUGAUGAAUGGCCUUGAUUUCGAGUUCCCCGUGAACAAAAAGCUUCUCUGUGGUUGGCACAUGAUAAACAACAUUGCCAAGAUGGCAAAGAAGACUAGGAAGGCAGGCGAAGAUAAGAAUACGUGCACCAACUUGAUCAACAGCAUGAUAUUUGGAGACGGUGCUGGCAAGUUAAUGCAGAAAAGAGAACUUUUCAGAUCAUUGGCUUCUUGUGAGGAUCUCAAGACUGAAGGACUGUCUGAAGAUGGUAAAAAUGGUGCAGUGAAAAGUUUUGAGGAGUACUUUGAGAAGGAGUUGAUGAGCUGCAAAGAGAAGUGGGCUGGCUACCUCACCAAUAAGCUAAAGCACUUUGACUGUGUGACAACACAGCGUGUUGAGAGUGGCCACCAUGCCCCGAAAAGGAGUAUAUCGGCUCUCCAGUCUUUGGACUCCUCGUUUGAGCAAAUAUGCUCAUAUCUCUUGCAAUUCGAGGGUGACUGCCAAGACCGUAGACUGGACGAGGAAUUGGUGACCGAUGCAAGAAUCCUUGCUGAUGAGCGCCCCCGUGGAUUGGUCCACUCGGUUUCCAGAAUGGCAUUGUUCACGAUUCGCGCUGAACUUCUUGAAGAGGUUACUAUUGGUGAAGCUUGUUAA